AUGUCUGAUAAACUACAAAAAACUAUAGCCAGGUUCCAGCUGAGAAUCGAUAAUAAGGACUUCUACGAGGCCCAUCAGACCCUCAGAACUAUCACAAACAGAUACGUCAAGUCCAAGCAGUACAGCAGUGCCAUUGACUUGUUGUACCAGGGCCUGACGAUAUUGGCUAAGAACAAGGAGUAUGCUUCUGCCAGUGAUCUUAUUGUGUACUUGAUUCUGGUGUAUGAGGAGAGCAACACGCCAUGCUCUGGCGCUGGCGAUGCUAGACAGUAUAGAACAAAGAUCAUUGAGUUGGUGUCGUUACUUCCAGAUACAGACCCUUCGUUGGGCGACUUGUCGAAACGUGCUCUACAGUGGUCGAUUAACUUUGGAGAGGUGAAGUCGAUUUUCGGCGACUCCCAUUUGCAUCAUGUGUUUGGCGUUAAGUUGCUUAACGCUUCUGCUGCUCAGCCUAGUGAAGAAGAGAAACAUAAGUUCUUUACGGUGGCUGAAUUGCACCUUGUUUUGGGCACUUACGAGUCUUUGCCUGCUUACAUUGACUUUUUGUAUAAAUGGUACGAGACUCUGGGCGGCGACCCGGGCUUGUACUUGAGCAGAGCUGUGGUCAACUAUGCGUACUUGAAGAAUGUCAAGUUCGUCCAUACUGCGAUUAAUCUCUUUUUGGCAAGGUACCUUGCUGCUGAAAAGGAGAACGUCGAGGAACUCCAGGAAGAAGGCCAGAAAUUGUUCUUCUUUGAGCUGUCCAAGCUCUUGAACUUCUUGCAGUUGUUGGCCAUCACUCUCGACAAAUCGGACGCUGGCGAUAAGUUCAUGAAGUUAUACUCCAACUACAAGCCAUUGAUCAGCCAGCAAGGUCUUAUCAACCCGAUGGACUAUCUUGGCCGCUUGUUCUUCAACUUGAAGUUGGGCAACACCUCUGGCGGCGGCAACAUGCUUGCCAACAUGAUGGGCAGUCUAUUCAAAUAA